UGGACUGGGUGUGUUCUUUCGGCGGCCACCGUAAGCACGUUAGUACUGAACGAGCGUCGGUGUUUGGCUUGGUUUAACAAGUUUCCCUGGACCAUCAUGGGGGUAGCAGCGAGCAGUUAGUUCACACAACAAUACAAAGUUGAGCUCACUGUGCGCGUGCCUCACGUGGACUCGGUAUCGGACCUUUUUUGGCAAAUGUAGGGACGCGAGAAGUUCCCCCAUUUUUCGUCUUUGAGCGAUUGCACAGCCAGUUGUAUAUUAUCGGGAAAGCCAGACAACAGCAGCGAUGAACAGCCUGUCGUUCGACGACCCGUCGUUGGAUAAUCUGGACCCGACGCUGUCGCUACACGACCCCAGCGACAUUGACACGGCCCUCUUAAGCGACAUUGAUGACAUGCUACAGCUCAUCAGCCACCAGGACAUGGAGUUUGGAGGACUGUUUGAUAACCCUCCGUACACGGGGCCUCCUCCCAGCCAAGAGGAUUCGGGUUUGUCCCAUUCCAUCACCACACCUCCAGCUCCAGCUCCAGCUCCAGCUGCAGCUCCAGCUCCAACCACACCUCCACCUUCAUCGUCCUCUUCCAUCCUAAGCAGUAGCCCACACCUGGAUGCACUCCUGGGCCCUCCCAUCAUCCGUAGUUCCUCCACCCCAGACAAGGCCUUUCAGCCUCCCACCUUUCAGCAGUCCCCCUUGGCCCAGGUUCCCAACUCCACCCAGAGGCAGCAGCAGGCUCAGAGCCUCAGGCCGCCCCAAGUGGAGCAGCCCCAACCCAUUCUCAGCCCGCCUGCCCCAACACAGGCAGCUUCACCUCUAACACUAACCUCAGCACCAAGCCCAUCUUUUAACGCCACACCCCAGGCCCUCUUCACCCCGCCUGCACCCCAGACUUCGCCUCAACCCCAGCUGCAGGCACAACUUCAGGCCCAGACUCAGUCGCAACAGGUCCGGAUCAACUACAGCAACCAGAACAGCUACACAACUGUCACUCCCAGCAGUUUGAGCCAAACCACCACCAUCUUGUCAUCCUCACCCCCAAGUGUUCAGCCGGUGACCAUCCAUGCUCAGCUCCAAGGGGUGACCACCACGUCUCCUCUCCUGACCACCACGUCUCCUCUCCUGACCACCACGUCUCCUCUCCUGACCACCACGUCUCCUCUCCUGACCACCACGUCUCCUCUCCUGACCACGUCAGUGAGUCCCCCAGUUCAAAGCAUCGCACCCCACAUGCAGCAAGUACCUUACUUGUGUGCACCUUCUCAGGUGUUGCUGCAACCCCAGUACAUCAAGGCUGAGUCUCUGUUGCUGACCACUCUGAAGCAUGACCCCUGCAUUGUCACUACCAUGGCCACCACCACCCCAAUACAGAGCGCUUCACUGCAGGCCUUUAUGGGUGGUGGCACCAUCCUGACAACGAUGCCUGUCAUGGUGGACGCUGAUAAGCUGCCUAUCAACCGCAUCGCCAUCAGCGGUAAGCCGCUCGGCCAGCCACACAAGGGAGAGAAGCGCUCAGCCCACAACGCCAUCGAAAAGCGCUACCGCUCCUCUAUUAAUGACAAAAUCCUCGAGCUCAAAGAUCUGGUGUCUGGUAGUGAGGCCAAGCUCAACAAGUCUGCAGUGCUGAGGAAAGCCAUUGACUACAUCCGUUACCUGCAGCAGACCAACCAGAAACUCAAACAGGAGAACAUGGCCUUUAAAAUGGCAGCCCAGAAAAACAAGUCUCUCAAGGACCUGGUUGCCAUGGAGGUGGAUGGACCGGCUGAUGUGAAGAACGAGCUGCCGACCCCGCCGGCUUCUGACAUGGGCUCCCCCACCUCCUUCUCACACUGUAGCAGUGACUCAGAGCCUGACAGUCCAAUGGGGGAGGACACUAAGCAGCCGAGUGUGGACCUGGUAGACGGAUCGGCAGUAGAAGGCAGUGCCGGCGGCAUGUUGGACCGCUCCCGCAUGGCUUUGUGCACCUUCACCUUCCUCUUUCUCUCCCUAAACCCUCUGGCCGCUCUGCUCUGCUCAUCCGGCAGCAGCUCAGCUGGAAGCACAGCAUCCGCUGCCAACAACCACCCAGGAAGGAGCGUCCUGGGUUUGGAUAUCGCAGGUGACUCGUGGGGGUGGAUGGACUGGAUGCUGCCAACUAUACUGGUGUGGCUGCUAAACGGUAUUCUGGUGUCGGGGGUUCUGAUCCGACUGUUGGUGUAUGGAGAGCCUGUAACCAGACCACACUCUGGAUCUUCGGUCUUGUUCUGGAGGCACCGCAAGCAGGCGGACCUGGACCUAGCUAGAGGAGAUUUUGCCCAGGCCAGUCAGAACCUGUGGACCUGUCUAAAGGCUCUUGGUCGUCCCUUACCCAUCUCUCAGCUGGACCUGGGCUGUGCUGCACUCUGGUCCCUGCUAAGAUUCUGCCUCCAGCACCUCUGGGUGGGCCGCUGGCUGGCUGCCAAGGCUGGAGGACUGCGCUCGGACCGGCCCCUGAAGGAGGAUGCCAGCAAAAGCAGCCGCGACGCCGCCUUAGUUUACCACCGUCUGCACCAGCUACGCAUGACAGGUAAGCUGAAUGGUAGCCACCUGUCAGCAGUGCACAUGGCUCUCAGCGCGGUGAACCUGGCCGAGUGUGCUGGUUCCUGUCUGCCUGUAGCCAGUCUGGCUGAGGUCUACGUCUCUGCAGCUUUACGGGUCAAAGCCAGCAUGCCAAGGAUCCUUCAUUUUACUUCUCGUGUGUUCCUGAGCAGUGCCCGCCAGGCGUGCCUGUCUUCCAGUGGCAGUGUGCCUCCAGCUAUGCAGUGGCUGUGCCACCCACUAGGUCACCGCUUCUUUGUGGAUGGGGAUUGGGCUAUUCGCAGCAUUCCUAAAGAAAGCAUCUACAGCCAGGCUGGCAACACGGUGGAUCCUCUGGCCCAGGUGACUCAGGCCUUCAGGGAGCAUCUCCUGGAGAAGGCUCUGUACUGUGUGGCCCAGCCUCACAAAGAGAAGAGUCCCAGCCAGGGAGAGGGGGAGUAUGCCGAUGCCCUGGAGUACCUCCAGCUGCUGAUUAGUGCCUCGGAUGCAGCUGGUGCCACCUCCCAGUCCUUCGCUAUCGGCUCCAACAUGGCCACCGUGAUCGGCUGUGACCCCCACUCCAAGUGGUGGUCCUCAGUUACUGUGGUGAUCAUCAACUGGCUCCAAGGAGAUGACGCCGCGGCCGAGAGACUGUAUCCGACUGUUGAGCACCUGCCCCGCAGUCUGCAGAACGCAGAGAGUCUUCUGCCCAAGACGUGUCUGGACACGUUCAGGGCUGUGCGGGCUCUGCUGUCCAAGCCAGAAAACUGCCAGCUGAGUCUGAGCUACAGCGACAAGGCCAGCGCCCUGCUUCGAGACAGCCUCAACCUCGGACCACACUGUCACAGCUCCAGUUUAGACAAGGUUGUCCAGUUGCUCUUGUGUGAUCUCCUGUUGGUGAUGAGGACCAAUGUGUGGCGCCUGCAGCAGCAGGGGGCCGGUCCUGCGGGGUCUGGGUCUGUGGGUACCAGCGGCCCGGUGGGAGUCCACCAGGCGUCCCCCCUUGAGCUCCAAGGCUUUCAGCAAGACCUCAGUUCCCUACGCAAGCUGGCACAUAGCUUCAGGCCUGCGAUGCGAAGAUUGUUCCUUCACGAAGCGACAGCCCGCCUGAUGGCGGGGGCGAGUCCCACCCGCACCCACCAGCUCCUGGAUCGCUCUCUGCGACGCAGGGCGACGCCCGGAGCCAAGACAGAGGAGUGCGAGACGCGUCCGGGUCAGCGGGAGCAGGCAGAGGCUGUGAUGCUGGCGUGCCGCUACCUCCCCCCCUCCUUUCUGUCGGCUCCCGGCCAGAGGGUGGGCAUGCUGGCGGACGCAGCCCGCACCCUGGAGAAGCUGGGAGACAAGAGGACCCUCCACGACUGCCAGCAAAUGAUCAUCAAGCUGGGCAGCGGCACCACCGUCACCAACAGCUAGAGGGAAGGAAGGUGGGCAGGGUGCUGGGAGACGUGCAUGGACACUGUAUAUAAAACAUCUCUGAAACACGCAGACGCUCUCUGGCUUUCUGCUGUGCAGCUGUGAAACUAAUUGAUUAAACUAUCCAGAUUCAAACUGAAAGCAUUUCGUUUAUGGACUGUCCCUCGUCAGGAAGCACUUGUUGAGUUCACAUUCUUGUUGCUAUGGAUUAUUACAAGAAUAAAGGAAGCUUUAUUGUGUUGCAGUGCCACAGUUUGACCACAGAGAGGAGCGUGUGUGUGUGUGUGUGUGUGUGUGUGUGUGUGUGUGUGUGUGUGUGUGUGUGUGUGUGUGUGUGUGUGUGUGUGUGUGUGUGUGUGUGUGUGUGUGUGUGUGUGUGUGUGUGUGUGUGUGUGUGUGUGUGUGUGUGUGUGUGUGUGUGUGUGUGUGUGUGUGUGUGUGUGUGUGUGUGUGUGUGUGUGUGUGUGUGUGUGUGUGUGUGUGUGUGUGUGUGUGUGUGUGUGUGUGUGUGUGUGUGUGUGUGUGUGUGUGUGUGUGUGUGUGUGUGUGUGUGUGUGUGUGUGUGUGUGUGUGUGUGUGUGUGUGGCCCUGCACUUAUCCCUCCGACGAUAUUUUCGACAUAAAUGCAGAAGUGCUCAGUGGGUUGUAGUGGAGGUCUCCCCUGAUUGGCUGCGGGGUCUCUUGAGGCCGAGCUCUGAUUGGCCCGUUCCGUGUGAAGCCACUCGCAGGUUGUUCAGAAAGUGUUAAAGUUGAUUUGAAUCAUGUUUGUAACUUGUGAUCUGAGGAGGUGCCCCACUACACGCUCUGUCUAUCUGCACUAGCCCUGUGUGGCUGAUUUCAAUGAGUAGUAAUAAUAUGGCUUUAUGAAGUUUUUUUUCAUAGAGGUCAUUUUUUGUUUUGCAGUGUACAUAUUUUAAAAUGUAUUUAUAAUCUCUACGACAAUUUGAUGAUGCAGUAUUUUGCAUAAGCAGAGUGACGCACGCUUAUUUUCUUCCCUGAAACCUGUUUUCUUUGGUAGCUUUUGAACAGGCCCAAAUCAUACGGUUAUUGUACUGUGUUGCCAUGGCGAUGACCGUCAAAACGGACCCCGUGUCAAGUUAUUUGUGUCACAUCGUCUGACUCGAUUGACCUGUUGACCUGUUGCACACGUAUGCAACUAUGACAUCAAGAGGAAUUGGACCUGGAACUAUAAAACAAGUUACACGAUGCAGGCAAGUUAAAAAAGAGGGCUUGUGGUAAAGCUUUUGGUUUUUCCUUUGUAGAUUCAACAUAAAGAGCAAUACUUGCUCUUUCAGUCAUUAUAGUUUCAUGCUAUACCGUUUAUAGAUUUCUAGAUUUAAUCCACGACUUUGGUAUGUUUUUAUUUUUUAUAGUGUCACUAAUAUGAAAGACUGAAAGAUGUUUGCGUGAGAUGAAUGAGAUGCAAUCAUGUCGAAAGGUGUUAUUCACGCGUCUGUAACUGACAUCUUUUUAUCACUUGUUCUUUGGGUUCAUCCUUUUCUGAUGUAAAUAUUAAAGCAUUUUGUAAUGAAGA